UUACCCAUAAUGCAACGACACUUCCAGCAGUUCCGGUUUUGAUCAUUUCCUGUCAGGAAGUUGUCCGAUCCAAACAAACGUCAGGUUGUUAGCUCGUUGUUGACAUAUUUAGCAAUUUUUAUCAAUGAGUUUCACUUUAUUUGAAUCUUAGAAGUUUCGCAGUUGCUUAUCACUAACCUGUGUAUCCAUGGAGACGCCAGAGCCGGGCCCAGCAGAUGGAGAGGAGCAUCUGGUGGAGCUGCGGCCUCGGACACGCUCCAACCCUGAAGGUGCUGAGGACCGUCGCAGCAGCACGGGCAGCCUCGGAGGAAACAGUAACCCCAACAUACCUCAGCCCGCUGUGGGAAGUCGUGUUGAGGGCGAGGGCGAGGCUUCAACCAGCGACAGUCCUCCCAGCUCCACCACCACAACCGUCUCAGCAGCUGCAGCUCAGACCGUAGCUCCUGUUGCAGUUGCAGCUGCAGCGGCUGCAGCCAGUGCCACGGUGCCAAUAUCCACCGCUGUUGUUGCAGCCAAAGAGAGGCCGAAGCCCACACUGCAGCAGCCUGCAUUGACAACCCCCAUCCCUCCACCAGCAGAGUACCAGCUCAGAGUUCCUCGUGUCAACUGUCCAGAGAAAGUGAUCAUCUGCUUAGACCUUUCCGAGGAGAUGUCUUUGCCCAAGUUGGAGUCUUUUAACGGGUCUAAAACGAACGCCCUGAACAUAUCCCAGAAGAUGAUUGAGAUGUUUGUGAGAACUAAACACAAGAUUGACAAACGCCAUGAGUUUGCCUUGGUAGUAGUCAAUGAUGAUGCUCUGUGGUUGUCAGGCUUCACCUCCGACCCCAGGGAGCUGUGCAGCUGUCUGUAUGACCUUGAGACCAAUGUGUGCGAGACCUUCAACCUUGAAGAUCUUCUUAAUGUAAUUCGUCAGAAGAUUGAACUGCCGUCGAUGGACAAUGUUCAGACCGUCCCUCCUCCAUAUGUGGUGCGGACUGUGCUCAUCUACAGCCGCCAUGCAGGACAGCUUCAGUUCAACCCUUCAGAGGCUGUUAGUAAAAUGCUGCAGUCUCCAUAUUUUUUCUUUGAUGUGGUCUACCUGCACAACGGGGUGGAGGAGCAGGGGGACGAGACCAGCUGGAGGGACAAUUACGCCUCUUUCUGCAACCUGGACUCAAAGGGCAUGUGCUAUCGCUUCGAGGUUUCCCUGAGUGGACCUGCCAUCGAGCUGCAUAACUGCAUGGCCAAACUCCUGGCUCACCCUUUACAAAGACCUUUCCAGAGCCACGCGUCUUACAGCCUGCUGGAGGGGGAAGACCCCCAGGACAUUGAGGCAACUGUGUGAAACAGGGCACACUCAUGAAGCUCUGUUGCUCUGUGAAAUUCACACACUGUAGUUUAUCAGAAAGGUGCAGGGGGUUUCCAAGUAAGCUUUAUUACUGAGGGUUGUUUUUUUCCAUUAACUGCUUUAGAGCAAUAAUUUGUAAGAAUAUUUGUGAAAACCAGGCGUAGUUCUAAAGAGUGUCUCAGCAGGUAACUGUUAACUCAGUCAUUGUGUUUCCAUAGAAGAACGAAUGAGUCAUUGAUUGUUUUAAGCUGCGGAAGUAAUAAAAUGACGGUCGUUAGCCGUAAAACUGCUGGAGGUGUCCUGGGGAUGAAGUGGAUGUUGGCGAGUUCAGGAGCAGGACACAAGUAGAAGGAGAAGAUGAAGAAAGGAAGAUGGUUAAAGCAUCAGAUUUUGUUAAACUCAAUCCUUUAGUGUUUGAUUUUUCUUUCAAAUCUUAAACCACUGAUCUGUCUUUAAGUCUUAAAGGGUGAAAUCAGUGCGAGCCUCUUUUUGAUAGCUUGAGACAAACUGUAAUAUGACGUACUGUAUCACAGAGCUCACUACUUCUGUUAUAUUGCCUUCCCUUUUAGUUGGUUAUUUCCACCUUUUGUUGCCUGUUUUAAUGUAUUCUAUUUUAUAAGGGGUUUGUUUUUUAAUCUUUAGUUCAUUUGUCACUCGACGAUGAAGGAAUGUACAGUAACGUAGAAGCGGUCCCUCUUUUGACAACUAUCUCGAUGUGGCAUUGAUGGAUUGAUUGUGAAAAAAAGACCCUCUUACUGCCAGUCUAGCUGCACUUGAAACACAUUGUACAGAUGAGCUUUUUGAAGUCGUUUGUGGAUAUUAAAAGAAAGGCAUGUUGAAAAAUA